AGGACGGCUGUAAUAGUGAAGUUCCUUUUUUAUAGAUACUAUCAACCUAAACUGCACUACAUUAGCCUACGUUACAUUACAGUGCACCAGUAGGUUACAUUUAUUUUAAAUACAAAAUUUGAUCUGUAAACCUGCAGGGUUUUCAAACAAAUUCAAGGCUGCCAAUAGUUUUUUAAGCGAGUCAUGGUGAAGUUCAUUCAAAGAAAACAGAAGCGGGAGAUAAACAGUUUCGAUGUCGAUGUGAAUUUCCGAAAUGCGGAUGAUUAUAUUUCAUUUUAUGUUUCUCAUAUGUUGUUUUCAGUCUAUGGCUUCGAGGCCGACACGAAUAAAAGCUACAUUGUUUACAAGGGAGUGACCACAAGAAAAGCAACACAUCCAGGGCUAGAAUGUACUAAUGUAAUGUAACCUGAUACAAUGGCCCCCCAAUGGAUGGUAUCUGUGUGAGGCUUAUAAUGUUACAUUGUUGUUGAGAUUGCAUGGGAAAUGGGGAUUUUUUAUGACUAUUGUUUCUCAUGAACAUCUCUCUCUGUGUGUGUGUAGGCUGUUGUAAUUCACUGUAAUGUUAUAACAAAUAUUACUGUGCUUUGAUGGACUGUAUUUUCUGUCAAUGCAAGAAAACAUUUUGAACGUUACAUCCCCCCCAAAAAAGUACUGAAUAAUUAUUAGAAUUGUGUACUGGAGGUUUUUCAUGAAGCCUAUGAAUGCGGGCGUGCAAUGUCUCGGGUCUCCUGUGGUGCAUUUGUGUACUAGUAUAUGUGUCAGACCACAGAGUCACCUUGUUGUUCUUCAUCUCGUCUCAGCACAAUGAUACCAAAAGAAAAAAAUGCAUGCACAUGCUUUCAAAUGAGAGCUCCUGACACUGAAAUUGACAUAAGCCAAAUAUUCUUAAAAUAUUCCUGACUGCACAGAUGGUUAGAAUUUACCCCCCCAUACCAAAAUAUUUCCUCAUGGAGUACUUUGCUUUGCAGUAUUGGGAGCAAGGGUAGGGCGGAACAACACAUUUUGCAUAUCACGUGACGCCGUAUUAACAAAUCAACAAUUACCUACCCUUUAUUCUUCAGUUGCUAAAGGGCUUGCAAGAAGCGUUUGAGGAAAGCUCAAUGGAAAUGUGUGAGCGGAAUCCUUUAAAUCCCGGUUAUGUUGGUUCUCUGUUGAAUUUUGCGCCCCCUGAGUCGCUGUAUUUCUCCAACUUGCGGGGUAAUGGAGCCCACAUACCCGGGCUGCAUCAGAUCCCUUACAAUAGGAGAGAGGUGUGCACGCUCCCGUGGACUUCCUCAAGUUCGUGCACGUCUGGACCUGCAGCACCACCACAGAGCCGCGCGUUUGGAGGCUACUGUCCGCCGUUUCUGUCCAACUCGGUGUCUAUAAAUUCUAACUCCUCCAGCGGCCACGUCAAGGCGCAUCUGGAGGAGUCGGCUCGGUGCUUUCAGAACACAAACCACAAGACACCAGAGUCCGGCAGACAAGAUGAAGUUUACGCCGGGGAGCAUGGGGCCGCCAGUGACCGCGGCUACUCAGAUUUGGACGGUUCUGUGGCCCAGCUUGAUCCGGAUUCAGCAGGGCCACUAAAUGUGAACGGCGCCAAACGGGAGCAGAAUCUCGUUCACCCAUCGUCAAGUCACACAUGCUCCAGGACGACUUUUGCAGAAGGUGCCCCAUGGUGCUCGUCACAAGUGAAAACCAGAAAGAAGAGGAAGCCUUACUCGAAGCCACAGCUGGCUGAACUUGAGAAUGAAUUUAUGAUGAAUGAAUUCAUCAACAGACAGAAACGCAAAGAGUUGUCGGACAGACUGAACCUGAGCGACCAACAAGUGAAGAUAUGGUUUCAGAACCGGAGGAUGAAGAAGAAACGACUGAUGAUGCGCGAGCAUGCUUUCUCCGCAUACUGAUGACCUUUGGACUUGAUCAUGACCAGCAGCGCGUAGAAUAUGCUGUGUUGUACUGUUGCAGCACAUCUCAUGCCCUUUCAGUUUGUGGCAUGGACUUGUAUUUAUAAAUAUGAAAUAAAAUGUUUAUAUGCAUGUCACAUAAUAGGCUACAGUUUUAUCCGGUCCCAACUACUUCACUGAUGUUGAUGGUAAUGUGAAAAAACAACGCAUUUCAGAUUAAGAUACAAUCUAUUCUACACAGUUGGUCAUUUCUGACUUUGAGAUUCUCCAAAAUGCGCAGUAGGCCCUGGCUCCGGUUUGGCCUAUAGCCGCGGAUCAUGAUAAACCAUUAAGCCUAAUUGUUUCUCAUCCAGCUCAAAUGUCAGUCCUAUUUAAACAGGAAUAAGGUUCUAUAUGUUUUUGUGUAUUUUGUAUGAAGGCCUGCGCAUGUAGUGUAGGCCUAACAUCAGCAGUCAAGUUCAUGUUUACGGACGGAUAAAACAUUAACAAAAGUCAUAAUUGCAAAAAUAUAGGCCUAUUAUAAUUGCAUGUCUAUUUCCUAAUUGCUGUUAUUCAAUUUCAAUGCCCGAUUUCCCCUCAAAUUUAUUGUAAAUCUGAUUAAAUAAGAAAAGGCACGUUGCUUGUGUUCUGUAUGGACGCGUCCACAUUCAAAGUCGGUGUGUGGAGGGAAAGAUUUGCUAGAAGGUGUUUCCUGCAAAUGCCUGCAAAACAAGUGUUUGCGGAUGCGAAACACUGAUGAUGUUAGUUCAAACUACAUUAUAACUGUGUUAAAUAAGAUGUUUGUUGUAAGAGCUGGUGUUGUGUUGCUAUUCUGCACAAUCUGCAUAGAUCAGAUGCAUCGGAAUCCCUCUCGCUCUGCAGAUCCAGUCUUUAUAAAUACAUAAUUAAUAUGAUAUGAUAUGAAUCUUUCCAGAAAGCAUGUUGUUGGAAAACGUAAGAAUACGCGUUAAACCAGCCAACUUUUUACGCACGGACAGGAGAUUUUGUAAAAUGGACGCAACUUGCAGAUGAAUACAUUUGUAAAUAAAGAGAAUUCUUAAAUUACCUGUUGACAAAUUAUUGUGCAUCGUGUGAAUUAUUAUUUUAUAUUUUCAGGCAGUAUAUUGAAUGGCGGGUUUAGCUUAUAGGCUUCAAGUUCAUAGGCUACUAUAGUUGUAUUCAGUCGCUCACUAGUUGAUAAUCAUAUUUAUCUGUUUGAGUAUGUAAAAGGUGCCAAUAGUCAGCACCUCUUCCACCAUA